UGGAGGAGGGCGGCUGCGGACAGGACGAGGAGACGUGGUUGUAUGUCUUGCCUACCAAGGCUCUCACUCCUCAAGAGAAAUCACCGAGUCCUCUGCAGUGGUGCAGGCGUGUUCUGGAUCAUCCAAGUCCUGAGAUAGAGGCUGCAAAACGUUCCCUAUGCUUUAGAUUGGAACAAGGUUACAUUUCUAGGAGUUCCCCUUUGAGCCCACAGUCAUCAAUAGACAGUGAACUGAGCACCUCGGAGCUGGAGGAUGAUUCCAUUUCCAUGGGAUACAAGCUGCAGGACCUCACCGAUGUUCAGAUCAUGGCUCGUCUACAGGAGGAGAGCCUUAGGCAAGAUUAUGCUUCGACUUCAGCAUCUGUGUCAAGGCACAGUUCGAGCGUCUCUCUGCAUGCGGGAAAGAAAGGGACGUGUGGUGACCAGGAAUAUGAUCGCUGUAGUCUUGAGGACGAGGAAGAGUUUGACAACCUCCCACCUCCGCAGCCGCGGCUGACUCGCUGCUCCCCAUUCCAGAGGGGGAUUCCUCACUCACAGACUUUCUCCAGUAUCCGGGACUGCAGGAGGAGCCCUACCUCCCCGCACUUCCCUUCAAAUACUUAUCAGCAGCCCUACUACUCUCCUCAAGCCCAAACUCCAGAGCAGCAACCAAAUAGGAUUAAUGGAG